UCGCAUCCUGUGCAUCUCUCCUCAUCCCUCCUUCUCCUCCUCCUCUCUUGUUUUUUUUUUCUUUUUCUCCCCCUCAUGCAGACUCCACUGGACUGAUGUGCUCUGUCUGCUUUCUUCAUCUUGAGCACACUUAAAGGUCGAGCCCGGCAUCAUGACUUUUAAAUGACCAUCAUGCAAUAACAACAAUAACACGACUCGUCUCCACCAGGCAGCUCCACCACCAGCUCCAGCUCCACCACCAGGCAGCUCCACCAGCAGCAGCAGCAGCUUCACUUCUCUGAGUCCUCUUCAGGGAAAACUACCACCACCUGCCGACUCAUCUCUCACCAUAUGACCGUGUCGAAGAUGACAUGGCGUCCUCAGUACCGCAGCUCCAAGUUCCGCCACGUGUUUGGUAAGCCCGCCACCAAGGAGAGCUGCUAUGAUGGCGUGCCAAUCACACGCAGCGUCCAGGACAACAACUUCUGUGCUGUCAACCCACGUUUCCUGGCAGUCAUCACUGAGUGUGCCGGGGGAGGGGCGUUCCUGGUCCUGACUGUCAAUCAUACAGGUAAAGUGGACCCACACCACCCCAGGGUAUCGGGCCACAGAGGCAACGUGUUAGACGUCAAGUGGAAUCCAUUCAACGACUACUGCAUCGCCUCCUGCUCCGAGGACACGACGGUGAAAGUGUGGGAAAUCCCUCCACAUGGCGUUCUGAAGAACAUUACAGUACCAUGGAAAGAGCUCCAGGGUCACAGCCGCAGAGUGGGCCUCAUUGAGUGGCACCCGACUGCUAAGAACAUCCUCUUCAGUACGGCCUACGACUACCAGGUGAUGAUCUGGAACCUGGACUGUCCCGAGCAGGUGAUAAAGAACCCCGUGCGAACAAUCAGCCACCACACGGACGUCGUCCUCUCCAUGUCUUUCAACACAGAUGGCAGCCUCUUCGCCACCACUUGCAAGGACAGGAAGGUCCGACUCAUGGAGCCACGCUCAGGAAACAUACUUCAGGAAGCCAACUGCAAGACGCACAAAGCCGGCAAGGUGCUGAUCCUGGGUAACCUGAAGAUGCUCCUCACAACAGGCACUUCACGUUGGAAUGAUCGACAGAUGGCUCUGUGGGAUCUGGACGAUCUGUCUGUGCCUUUGUUACAAGAAAACCUGGACGGUUCUUCAGGAGUCAUUUUUCCUUUCUACGACCCUGACACACACAUGCUCUACGUUGCUGGAAAGGGUGAUGGAAAUAUGAGGUAUUAUGAGAUCAGCUCAGAAAAACCAUACAUACACUACCUAGCAGACUACCGCUCGCUCCUACCUCAGAAAGGAUUCGGUGUGAUGCCAAAGAGAGGUCUGGAUGUGAGCUCCUGCGAGGUGUUCAGGUUCUACAAACUGGUGACAAUCAAGAGCUUAAUUGAGCCUCUUUCCAUGAUCGUACCCCGCAGGUCGGAGUCAUACCAAGAAGACAUCUAUCCAAUGACGGCUGGUAACAAACCUGCUUUGACUGCAGAGGAGUGGCUCAGCGGCAUUGAUAAAGGCCCACUGCUCAUGUCUCUGAAGCCUGGAAGUCAAGUAGAAGAGUCGUAUUCAGAGAUGACCAAAGGGAUGGGAAACUCGCUGGACAGCCGCAGGUCUCAGAACAGACCGGGCAUGCUGCAGCUGGCGUACAUUCAGGGUCAACUGGGAACCAAAGACGGCAACGAGGACGGCAGCCUUAGAGCAGACGACAGGAGUCGGACACCCUUCAGCAACGGAGAAGAGCUCGCACUUUGCUCUCCCCCUAUGACGGAGAACGAGCUUCGUCUGAAGUUCCACAAGCAGCAGGAGGAGAUCCGACGGCUGAGGGAGCUCCUCAACCAGAGGGACGUGCGCGUCAAACAGCUGGAGCUCGAGAUUAAAAACAUCAAAAACUCCCAGAGUCCGAGCUCACUUUAAGACUUACCCGACCUGCAGAGUCACCGCCUCGUGGGAACACAUGCAUUACUGUACAAACCCCAUUUUUAAAUCGCCACACUCUUCUUAGGGUCCGCUUUUAUCUUUUAAUGAGCCCCCCAUCACCUCCACCUCCACCUCCACCCAACACUCACUGCACAGGGGUAAUUUGAAACUUUUUUUUCUCUGAAUCUAUCAGUCUGUCACGAGGUGCACAUAUUCUUUGUUCAUGUAAAUACACUCAAACACUGAGUCUUACCCAGCUGUAACAUGUUUUAAAACUCUUUGCACCUAUCGAACGUUACCAUAAUUCUUUUGUACGCUUCACAGCUAUGCAAGUUUAUUGUAAUUUUUACCUUUUUUUUUAUCAUUCUCUUUGUAGCAGAGAGAUAAAAGGAUGUUUGCGCCUGUCACGACUGAAUGAUGUGGUUGUCUGUGUGUUGUCUGAACGUUGUUGCAGGGUAGGCACAGACAUCCUGUGUGAUUGUACGAUAACGUUGGAUUUACUUUCUAUGCUUGGUGAUUGUUUUUGGUUUCUUUUCCCCCCCAAUAUUUAAACUACUGUAAGUGGAGAUGUGGUGUUUUAAUGUAUGCGUGCUUGAAUGAGAAUGAUCUAAUGAAUGACAAAAAAUGACAACCCCCCCGCUGUGUUCAUGCGAUCCAUUGAGCUGCAUUUUUGUUUUUAUUUUUUUGAAUGACUGGAAAAUUGGCAACAGAUAUCGUGUACGCCAAUUCUGUAACUGAUGCCAUGUAGCAGCUUUGAUCUUAAUUUUUAUAUUUAUUUUUUACAGUCAAAGAAAAUACCAUUUAAUCAAGUACUUGAAUUCGUAAUUGUAAUUUUUUUUUGGGGGGGGAUACAGCACGCAAACUGUUUUGAAAAUGGACGUCAUGACGUGGAGUCACUGUGAAGAAACUAUUAAAAAGCCAUUGUAGAGCCGCA